AUGGUACCAUUACCUCUCUUCAAGCUCGCCGCACUCUUUGUGCGGCACAUAUCCAAGUAUGGCGCCAACCAAAUAAAAGCCCAAGCCCACGACCACCCCAAAUUCCGCGCUUUCGCCGCCCGCUACGGCCAACAUAUCCACCAGCUCAACAUGCGCCUGUCAGUGGCCCUCCUACGCAAUCCAGACGCCGAGCAACGCGCAAAAGAAAAAGCCGAGGCGGCGACCGUCAAGACGAAAGAACAGGUAGAGAAGGAGGAGGCCAAGGCGCAGAAGGCCAAGCUCGCAGCCGAGAACCCCGAUCUCACGAAACCGAUACCCUUGACCUCUACAUCUGCCUCCGCGUCCGCCUCUUCGUCGUCGUUAUCCUCCUCCUCCUCCUCCUCCUCCACCACCACCAGUACCAGCUCGACAAAGGAGCGGCCCAGGUUCAAGAGCGUUUGGCGACGAAAGUUCCGCUCCCUUCCCGAGGCCAAGGCCGUAGACCUCUUCGCGGACGUUAUCGGCGACACCUUCAUCCUCGGCGUCGCGAGCGCCAUCAUUCUCUACGAGUACUGGAAGUCGUCGCAGAAACCCGACCAGAACGCGGAGCACAUCAAGGCUCUCGACGCCAGGCUCGAGGAGCUGACCCGCCGGGAGGAGGAGCUCUCGCAGAAGGAGGCGGAGCGGACUGAGAGGUAUCAGGCCCUGGAGGCCGCUCUCAAGGAGCUGAGGGACCCCAAGACUAAGAAGCCCUUGUUGCCGAGCUUGCAGCUGCUGCCGGCGCCGACGCAGACACUAAAUACGCACGACAUUGCCCUCCCCGUCUCCCAAGACCGGACCUACCGGCUUGUCCUCCUCUCGCCAAAAGACGUAGGUACGCAAGCUACCGAGCAGCGUCUAGAGCGACUCUACAACCUCAACGGAGGCCGCGACGUAGCCAUCAUGUUCCUCCUCCAUCCUGUCGCCGGACAAGCCAAGGACCCGAUGGAGGCUUUCAUGGACUUGCAAAUUGAGAUCCUCGACAAGCUCGAUCUGCCCCUACUCCCUCUUACUUCAAUCACAGCCCUCCCGUCCACGCUCACGACCCUCCAAACCUCCCUCGGCCCAACACAGCCCGGCACCAUCUCCUCGGGAGACCAAGCCACACCCGUCUCCCUCCUCCAGCACAUGGCCAGCGGCAAUGGGCCCCUCCCGGAACACAGCGCCAACCUCCUCAGCGAAUUGGGCCGGUCCCCACGCGAGGUUGCCGCCCUCGCCGACACGGAGCAGGGCAGGGCGCGAAUCUUGGACCUGCUGGGUCCGAUGGACGGCGCACGGGUUCUCUCGUUCCUGGCGCGGGAGAAGUUGGCCCUCACUUGA